AGCCCCCGGCCCGGAGACCGCCUCGCCGAGACCCCGGAGAUUGGGGACUGCGGAGCGGGAGGAGGCGGCGGGAGCGCGAGCGCCACCAGCGUCCCGGCGGCGCCGCAGAUUCUGAGGCAUCUUCUUCCAUCACUCUAUGGAUCGACUACAGGGCUCACAGAUGGAUUCAGUGGAAAAGACAACAACUAGAAGUGAACAGAAAUCAAGUAGAAAGUUUUUAAAAAGUCUCAUCCGGAAACAGCCCCAGGAACUGCUCCUGGUCAUUGGGACCGGUGUCAGUGCUGCAGUGGCCCCAGGGAUCCCCGCCCUCUGCUCGUGGAGAAGCUGCAUCGAGGCCAUCAUCGAGGCCGCAGAGCAGCUGGAGGUGCUUCACCCAGGGGACGUCGCCGAGUUCCGCAGGAAAGUGAUGAAGGACCGGGACCUGCUGGUUGUCGCGCAUGAUCUGAUCCGGAAGAUGUCACCUCGCACAGGCGACACCAAGCCCAACUUCUUCCAGGACUGCCUGAUGGAGAUUUUCGACAACCUGGAGCAGCACAUCCAGAACCCUCUGGUGCUGCAGUCCAUCCUCAGCCUGAUGGAGAGGGGCACCAUGGUCCUGACCACCAACUAUGACAACUUGCUGGAGAUCUUCGGGCAGCAACAGAACAAGCCUAUGGAGUCUUUGGAUUUGAAGGACAAGACUAAGGUCCUUCAGUGGGCAAGAGGACACAUCAGGUACGGAGUCCUCCACAUUCACGGCUUGUACACAGACCCCUGCGGGAUGGUGCUGGAUCCAUCAGGAUAUAAGGAUGUCACUCAAGACCCAGAAGUCAUGGAAGUUCUCCAGAACUUGUACCGCACCAAAUCUUUCCUGUUUGUGGGCUGUGGAGAGACCCUUCGGGAUCAGAUAUUCCAAGCUCUCUUCCUUUACUCGGUGCCGAAUAAGGUGGAUUUAGAGCACUACAUGGUUGUGCUCAAGGAGGAUGAAGAUCAUUUCUUUAAGCAUCAAGCAGACAUGCUUUUGCAUGGAAUUAAAGUAGUGUCCUACGGGGACUGUUUUGACCAUUUUCCGGGAUAUGUGCAAGACCUCACCACACAGAUCUGCAAACAGCGAAGUCCAGAUGCUGAUCGAGUGGACAGCACCACGUUGUUGGGUAACGCAUGUCAGGACUGUGCGAAGAGGAAGUUAGAAGAGAAUGGAAUUGAAGUUUCAAAAAAACUCAGACCGUCAGAUACAGAUGAUGCCGGAGGGUCUUGAAAUUUUUAAAACCAAUAAAACCUGCAACUUGAAAACCAGCCUUCUGUAACCACAGUGCCAUACCCAAACGAUGAGGAAUGUUCAGAGAACUCCACACAGGAUCUCUCAGUUCCAAACCAUCAUAUACCCCAGAAGAGCCACGUGGGUGUGUGGCCCUUGGAGGCUGGGUGAAGAGUUCCACUAUGUGUGUUUAGCUGCUCCGGAGGGGAAGCAUACACACUUCAGGUGUCCUUUGUGAGGACAGAUGGACAGCUACCUCAGGGACCAGACAGGCAGGAAGCGAGAUAGGUGGUAUUCCUGACGCCUGCUUGACAUGCCCUUUGGUCAAGGUGGUUUUUUCUAAUAAAAAGGGGAGAGUGAAGACUGUCCAAGCAACAGGAGUUGCCAAAGAGAAAAUAAGAAACUAGACACUUACAUUUUAUAAUUUUUAUGUGGAAACAUCUGUUACUGUAGAAAAAAAUUGAAAAGUAUGUUUGUUACAUUGUUAAAUAGUAAAGAACAAAUGGAUUCUGGAGGCACUGCUAGUGAGAAGGUACGUUUUUUAAAAGGAAGACUAGAUCAGUAGCGCUUCUUUGGAAUUAUGAAUUUUAGUAACUUCAGUUCCAAAGACCAGCAGGUCUAACUCACUAAGAAGUGGCGUCCCGAAGACCCGCAGGGCCUUUUCACAAGUGCAGUUCCAUGCUGUGCAAGUCCGUUUUGUGACUGAUAAGUGAGAGGUUACAAGUGGAGCACAAGACCAAGUUUUUAACUUUUAGUUAGAGUAUAAAUUCGAAGCUUUCCAAGUCUUUAUUCUAUGGGGUAAGGCCCAACCGUUCUGUUCUUAUCUCUUAAAAUUCUCUUCCCAUGGCCCACGUGAAGGGGAUUUGCAGAGUGAGGUGGGCAAAACUCGUGAAGGACCUGCAGCACUUUAAGCGUUUCCAGGGUUUAACCCAGGGCAGAAACAGUGCGCUGGGUGCAGGGCUGUUGCCUGGGGAGAGGCCUGCUUGGUUUCUGUUUCAGAGGCUGCCUAUUUUUGAUGUGACAUUUCUUGCCACGCCCUGGGACACUCCCCAUUGGUGGCACUGUAGCUCCCCACAGGUAUAGAGAAAGUUAAGAACAGGAAACAUAAGGUUGAGAUGUGUAGGGAAGGAGAGAGAAGCCAGAGACCAGCUUAAGACCUUUUUUUCUUUUUGAAGCAUGGAAAACAAAUCUUUUAUGUUACGUGGGUCAUAAAUAAAAUUUUAACUUCAA